CAGAUAUAUGUAUGUAUAUUUUUGUAAAGUCCAGCAGACAGACAAACUCUGUCCGAAUCCGUCUCGCCAGAGUUAACGAAGCGCGAAAUUGAGUUAAAGUGACUUGCGGGCUGAGUGUCGUCGGGUUUUGGAAGGCUGUUCGCAUUCACCUGUGUCUCUUCGUCAUAUUUUGAUUUUAAUAUUGAAAAAAAAAAAAACACAUCGCACCAGGCUGUUCGCAAUGAUGGAGUAAACAGCUGCUGGAAGGGGGAACACACAAGCACCAUGUCAUUGCAGCCGACAGUUGCAAGCGGCAGCGCUUCAGGCAACCAUCAGUUGCUGCGCCCCCAGACGCUGGCGGGUCCGGAGCGGGAGCCCGUCGAAUUCAACAUCAAUCUGGUAGGCGCACCGCCCGAGGUGGAACAGCUGGUUCAGCAGAUUAAGUGCGUGGCCGAACAGUUUCUAUAUCACUGGAAGAGUUUUCCCAUUGUUCUGCCCCAGCCACUGGCGACUAGCACGCUUAAUGUAACGGCCAGUAAUGCGACAAAUAGUGUCAGCGGUCGCAAAAAGCGUCCUAUUAAUCAGAGUGACCUAUUUAUAGCGCCGCCGUUUGAUGAAUUGGAUGCGGUUGCCUCCGAUGGCAGCGGCGAGCCGCGUCGCCUAACAAAUGCACAAUUGAAAAGUUUGCGCGAAACUGGCUUGCAAAAGGAUAAAUAUGGAAAGCCGAAGAAAUUAACUUUGGAACAAUUGGAAACAAUACGUAAAAAUGGUGAAUUCGACGUUCCGAGCUUGCAUUUUACUGGUCAGGUGCACAAGUGGCGCCUGUCCCAGCUGCUGCAAAAGGGCACGCUGCGCGCCCACGACUCCUUCUUGAGCGACUUGGCCUUGGCAGCGCGCUUUGUGGUCGUCACGGCCCGAGCUCGCAUCUUCUCGCACUUCUUUUCAGUGGUGCAUGCAGCGCACGCACUGCUGGAAGCGCUAAUCCGGCUGGUGGACAUGUUUAUCGGUGUGCCCGCUUUGUUGGCACACAAUCUGGACUACAAGAUCAAGGAGGAACGUUGUCGCUUUCUUAUAGCUGAGCUGGUGUGUCGGCCGGAGUUCGAGGAUUGUCUGGAUGGCCUGUGCUCCUAUGUGCGCAAAAUGCUGCGUCGAGCCACCAUGGAGAAGUUUGAUUUUAACAGCUGUGAGGUGUCUCAGCCGGUGCCAUAUCUGUUCUUGACGCCCAAGGGCCAGGAGAUCGAUCUGCGUCUGUUCUGUCGGGACAUAAUGCGCAAGGCACUGCCCGUGCUGGUGGGCAUACUGGAGCGCGAGACACGCGGCUGGUUUCUGCAUUUUCGUGAGCGUCUGAUUGCAGAGCUACGCGCCAAGAAACUGACCGACAAGGAAAUUGAGGAGGAGGUCAAUGAGGCUGUCAUGAAGGAGUAUUUGCAGCGUGUCUAUAGCUCCAUCAUGUCCAAUGCCAAGCUCGCGGAACUAGGUAACGGUGUGUCGCAGCUGUUGGUGGAGCAAGCCCAGUCGGUGGUCAUCAUGUACAAGGCCGUCGACAAGGUGCAGCAGGACAUUAAGCGAACGCGUGAGGACCACCAGAAGUGCCUGGCCAACGAUCACUCUGUGCUGUCCCGCGUGGCGCCCUGGCUACGCUCCAAGCUGCGCCAUGCCGAGCAGCACAAGCUGUACAAGUGCGCCUGGUCGGCGCACGAGGAGGCCCUCAAGAUGUGCAGCCAGCACAAUCUGCAUCAGACCGCCUACUUCCUGUCGCGCGAUCUGGCAUUCAUGAAGGAGCGCGAGCCAGUGCUGCUCAAGGAGUUGAAGAAUGCUAAGACGCCAACACGCAGCUUCCAAUGGGCUUGUCGUAUCUGGUCGCCACAGUCUUGGAUUAUACGACGCAAUUUUCAAGGGCAAUCGGAUGUGAUCCCCACGGUCAUAAGCCAGCAGGCCACUUCGAUAGUCACUCCACGCUCGGAUCCCAGUCAGCCGGUAUUUUUGGUUGAAAAGGAAAUGAUACGCACCACCAGUACGCGCUGGCCCUUCUGGCGUCUGUUGAAUCUGCUGCAGCGGACCUGGUGCUGGACUUGGAACAUGAUGUUCCUCCUCGGCAUUCUCGUUCCCUGGUGCAGCCCGCUCGGGCUGCGCGCCCUGUUCUGCAUCAAGCCGUUCAUGCCCGACCUGGAAUUGUCUCAAAUCAAUGGCACGCUUUUCCCACGCAAGACCAGCAUCACACAGACGUUAGCCUCACGGCUUAUUGAGCUCUGGCGACACAUAUCAAAAUCACGCACUCACUUCGAAACGGAACCAGACACAGGCUUCAUUGGUAAAGGCUUGACACGCAAUUUGAAUCGAACUUGGAAUUACUUUGUCAAAGGCUUUCUGGGCACCAUUGUCAUUCUGUUUGCAUUCCCACUGAUAUGCUUGGCGACAUGUUUCCUCAGCAUUGGGCUGGCAUUGAGCGCACCGCUUUGGAUUCCAGUGUUUGUUCUCCUGUUGCACAUCUACAUGAUACUCGUCUAUGAUUUGGACGCCCCGGACAACACUCGAAAUCGUUACUGUAUUCUGCUGGAGGCGCUUAUAUGGAAUUUUCUUAUUCAGGGCUUACUGCAACCGCUGGCGGCAAUUUUGGUUGCCACGCUGCUUUGCCCCCUGGCGGCAGGUCUUGUGCUGAUAGUUGGCGUCGUUCGAUACACACUGCGUCUGCUUUGGGAUUCGGUAACGUUUCAUUUGUUCAUCAAGAAAUGCGGACGGGUGCCUGCCUCGGAUAGCAUUGCCGUCAAACGCAUUGCUGGUCCGGGCUUGGCUUUGGACUAUUAUUUCAUUAUACGGCCGGAGCAGGCUUUGGCAGCACUAGAGGCUAAAAUGGAACUGGACGAGCUGCAGGCCUAUCAGCAUGCCACUGAGCGUGUGGUAUUGCAGCCACAGCAAGAUUUCCUGCAAUUUGUCGAAGCCUGUUUCGGACCCUUCUCCGCCCAGUUGUCGAAAACGGGUCCAUAUUUAGCACUCGAUCGCGAGGCCCAGGAUUUGAUGAGCUCACUACACGAAAAACUCGAGAAGCGCCGAAGGGAGCUACAAACGAGCCUAACUACGCAGGUUAAAUCGCGUAUCAAGCUGAACACCAAAGAAUUAAAGAUUGCAAUACAACUGGCCGCCCAUUUACUUGAGAAAUACUAUCCGUCUCAUGUCAUCGGUAGACUGUCCAUAAGCGAAGAAGAAUUUUGGGAUAAUAAGGGUCUCUCGGUCAACGAUUGGCCGGGUCUCGCGGGUCUCAUAUAUACCGAGAUAUUUAGUUUAGAUUUUCUAACGCCAUUGACUGAAAAUGAUACGCAUUUUAAACUAGAACCACAUGCCUCGCUAGAUCUAAUGCGCUACACGGAGAUGGUAAAGAACGCCAACGAUGUGAUCGGUUCCAAGGGACUGGAUUUGUUGGGCAAUGUGUAUGCGCCACGCGGCAAUGUCCAGGUGCAUUUACCAUUCCUGGAAGUGACCGCAUUCAAUCCGCGCUCACGCAUCACGUUGACUUUUCGUAAGCCCGAGAAGCGCGACAUGUCCGUGGGCCUAACGACGCCAAGAGUGCGCGCCCAUCGUGCUCAACAUAUACCAAAAGCCACGCAUGAUGCCCAAAAGCCCUGGCGACCAUGGAAACAGAAGUGCGUGGAACGAAGCGUCACUGAGAAACUGCUGAUACCGCUGCCGGUUCCACAUCCCGUGCACAUUGCCAUUGCCAUUUACAAUCGCGAUACGGAACAGCCCAUUCCGCUGGACUCAGAGCUGGUCUGGGAGAUACUCAAGUCUAUCGAAGACUGCCAGAGCGGCGAAGCUAUGGCUGUGCAUUCGGUGGCGCGCUAUCAUGGAGCCGUCAUGGAGUCUAGCAACGAUUCGUUGGCCAGCAGCAGUAGCAUUGGCAGCACCCGUGACUCUGGCUCCGGCUCUGUGUCUGGCUCUGCCUUGGGCAACGGCACGGAAACUUUACCAUGUGGAAAUCGUGAGGUUUGCACGCAGGUCAAAGUCGACGCAGAACCAGCACCCAGCGCAUCCGGUUUUCACUGGACCCUUAGCAAUUGGGGUGCCGCGCAAACGGCGCGCCGACGCACUAACUCCAACGUGCGCGUCGACUUGGCCAGUCCCGAGGACAUAUCGCUGGAUACGGAUAGCUCGCGUGCUGUUUUUAACAACGCAUAUGGCACCACAGUCUAACAGGUUUACACUGGUUUGGGCACACAAUAGUAUAUAUACAAAUAUAUAUAUUUACCUUUAUAUACAGACUAGAGAUACAAUUACGAUUAUGUAUAAACGCGUGGGCUUCUUAGCUGCAUUUCUUCUAAAAAACACUUUCAAAUUAUUCGCAUUAUCCAGUUAUGCUUUUGUAUAUCGCACGCAUAACAAGUAACAUUUCGCGAAUUAAUAGCUUUAUUUAAAUUUGAUUAAUAACAAAGGCUAUGAAAGGCAGAAUAUGUCUGAUUGCUGUCGCUCAGCAGCUAAAGCAGCCAUGCUAGGUAAAGUGUAAUAUGAACAAAUCUAUCCAUAUACAUAUAUCUAUAUUUACAUAUAUAUAUGAUAUAUACACAUAAAUGAGUUGUUAGUAUACAAACUUAUACAUGCAUAUAUACAUAUACAUAUAAAUAUACAUAAACAUAUAUACAAUGCAUUCACAGAACAAUCUAAAAAGCAAACCAACUUAAUUCUAGUCGCAAGCAAGUUUUAUGCAGCAAUUUAACUCAAAUUUUUCUUAUGCAACUAAUUAGUUAAGAAUACUAAAAGCAAACGCCUCAACACGGCUUCGGUGACGAUUUUAGACCAGUACUAGUUUUUUAAUUUUUGUUUUCAUUCGAACAAUAACAAAUUAACUAACAACACACUGUGGUCCAUAAGUAAAUUCCAUCGGCUUUUAUGUUUAAAGCUUUAUUUAGCAUUUUUUAGAAUGCAUUUAUCGUAGCAACUAAAUAUUUUGUAUCUCGAUAUUUCUCAGUUCAAAUACUAUCAUUGUUUUACAACUUCAAUAUUGAUAAAUUGUUCUUUAGUGUCAUGCCGGCUUUGUGCUUGAUUUGUGUCACCUUUUGGUCAAUUUAUUUAAGAUAGUUUUCUCGAAUAUUUUCAAGUAUCAGAUCAGUCUAACAUUUUAAAUAUCAGUUAAUGGUUUCAAAGAUACAUUUUUGUAAAACAUGAGUAAGCAACGACUUUACAAUAUAAAGCAAUAUAUAAACAUUAGACACAAGCCUUAGCGAAGGUAGCUAACGUCUACGAAGACACAAUCUAAUGUGAUUCAAAGAAAGAUAAAUGUAUAUCAACUCUUUAUAGGGUAGAUAGGUAUUCUAAUAGCUGGAUCGUGUUUCCAGUACACAACAUUUUUAUUGUUCACAACGGUGGAACGUUUUUCACAUAUGUGUAUAUAUUUUUAACAAAUACAUAUGUCAACAUCAACAAGUGUAACAAUUGCAACUGAAUAAAUAUAUAUCAGAUAGGAAACUCAAGCAGAGUCAGCGCCCCUUCAGGUUGAUAUUAAUGGACUGUAGAAAUAAGCGCAAGUUGUUUUCAACAAGAUUAAAGUGUUCUUAUUGCCUUGUACGAUUGAAUGUCCAUUUUAUCUUUGUCGUAAUCAAUCAGUAAAUAAAUCACACAGCAAGAGAUUCCAAACCGGGGUAUACUGAGCGCCACGUUUAUGCAAUUUCAAUGCCUACCUACUCUUGAGUUCUUUAACACCACAAACACACAAUCUACAAACUACAUCGAAGUACACCUAAAGCCAUAAACUGAAGAUUAUUAGUUAGAAUUUCGAUCAGUUGAGUCCUUGUUGGAGGAUAUGUCAUAGUAGCAGUCGAGCCGAUAAAGAUACAUUUUUGAGGACGUUUCAAGGCUGUUUUACAGCAUUUUAACCGAUGGAAAACAAUUCUGGCACACACUGUGCAAUGGCCAUGAGAUUUUCUUUGUACCUAACAAAAGAUAAACUUAAUUUUAGUAAUCAAAAAUAACAAUAUUGUAAAUGCCACGAAUUGUACUAUGAGAAGAACAAAUAUUGUUAAUUAAUAUUAAUUAUGGUAUGACAACUAAUUUAUAUAAACUAAUACAUACAUAGUACUAUUACUAAACGUAUACUUCUAGGUAUAUGCCCCUUUGUUUUUACAACUACUAUUUCUGCUCUCUUCUCUUCCAAACACUAAUACGAUUUAUAAAUGAUAGUAAUAACAAUUAACAAAUUAUCGUACAAAAGCAGCAUUAAACAAAAGGCAGUAAAUUGUAAUUGAUAAACUUUUCACAUUUAUACAUAUACCAAGUUAAUACAAAGCAUAAAUGCUAACAAUAAGAAAAGUUGCAAUAAAUGUAAUUCCACUCCUUCCCCUAACGUAUACCUAUGCCCUCCAAGUAUUUACUACCAACCUUUCUAUUUUAUAAUUACGUUAAUUGCCACACAACUUAAAGUAUUAAUUCAAAGUACCUUCACUUUACACAAUCAUAACUUCGGCAGCUUCCAAUAUUACGUUAAGAUUGGCGAAAUAAUUUUGUUACAUUCUCUAAAUUUGUUCCACAUCUAUUGCAAGAAUGAAAUUAUAUGUUUGCUCAUGCUUCAGUUAAAGCUUAUUCUGAUAAAUAAUUUAUACAAAUGCUAUUUUCAGUAGAAGCAAAAAUUGAACAAACGAACCCUAAUUAUGUUUUUAAGCUAGAGUAAAUCGAAUGAAAUCUUUACAUACAUGCAUACAAACAUACCCGACAUACAUAAAUAUCUAGUUAUUAAACUUUAAACAUACAGAUUAAAGCAAGAACGAUAAUCUCAAGAGCGCAUUGAACAAUUUUAUGAAAAUGAACCGUAGUGUAAUUAAUAUGUAAUAAAAAAUGUUGGA